AUGCAGAUUCGCUCGGGCCUCCGGCUGAAAGAGCCGCCUUCCCCGCCACCGCCGGCCUUCUUGAAGCACCCACAGGAGCUGGAAGUCAUGAGCAGUUCGAAGCUUUGGCUUCUGGCCCAACAUUUGCAGACCUUGGGAGGGGGCAUCUUGCCUAUCCUGCCUUCGCACCGAAAAGGCUUGGAGGCCUGGGUCCUCAAGGCCCAGCAGCUGCUGAAGGUGACAGGCCACAUGCAAGCUGCAGGCGUUCACUCCGAGCUCGGCCGGGCGGCACAAGGCAUGGAUGAAGCUUGA